GCGCAUGAACGGCUCACAACUGAUUUUCGGGUUUGCCCUCAUUUGUAUUGCGUACCUCGUGUCCAGGAGCCUCGCGCCAGUUUCCCGAUCGAACACCGUGCCCAGGAUGCCUAGAUGCCGAGGCCGAUGCGCCAUGAAGACUUUGCGAGCGCAAAGGAAGGCAGUGCUCGCGUCGAAGGCAUAGUCUUUAUACUUUCGUCAUAGAUAUCCUGUGUUUACUUUGAUGGAGCCAGAUACAGCAUACAAACUCCGCACCAUUGCGAGGUAUUGUUCACCAGGUCACUUCCAAGUUAGCACGCGGGUGAUGAAAGAUGGACUAUGGAGGUGCUUGUGACAUUCAUAGUUCGUAGGAGAAGCGCGGCUCGCACAUUAAUAUCGC